AGAAUCACAACCCAGACCAACCCAAAAACCCGACCCAUCGUCUCUAUUUUGGUCCGACGAUAAACGGAAAAGACCUAAUAAGAAUUCAUCGGAUUCUUGCAUACAGGGACAUUCCUUCAGAUCGAUUAAUGAUGGCCGGAGGGAAUAGUAAGAAAAAGUUCAAUAAAUCAAAGAUUCGAAAACCCACGAAACCAUCUUUAUUUGUGGAGGGUGGUUUAUUAUCCGAUUAUUCUCCCGUCAUCACUUCUCCCCCUUCCAGAGGAAAGAGUAAUAAUUCCAACACUACUGGGAAUAAAUUGAAUGCAUCGAAGAACAAAUCUGCAGUGAGAUUUGAGAUUGGUAGUAGUUCUGGUGGUAAAUCGAAAGCUUCUGGCUCUACGUCGAGGAAUGCCGGAUCUCAGAAGCCAACAAAGAAUGCUUUUGCUUAUAAAUAUCCUCAGGUGAGUCCACUUGUAGAUGAGAGUGGUGAUGGGCAUAACAAGUUUGAAAAAUCAAACCCUAUUGUUUUGCUUGAUUCCAAGGAAUCAAAGAUUAUUGCGUAUAUAGAUGAAACAGCAGCUACCGGUUCUGAAACUGUCAAAUAUACUUAUGAUUACGGUGCAAGUUUUGAGGUGGAUGAUAGUUGUCAUCGAGGAUUAGGGUUUCAUGAUGUAGCAGAAGAAAGCCCUUGUGGUAUUGAAGCAUCUCCAGUUAUUGAAAAGAAAGAAUGUUCAGGUUUUGAUUCCUCAUCCUCACAGGAAAUGGAAACUGAUAUGAUGGAUGAUGAUGCCUCGGAUGUUAGUGCCUCAUCUUCUCCAGUGACAAAUUCAGGAUUCUUGUCAAUUGGAGGCAUGAAGUUGUACACCCAUGAUAUCUCUAAUGAGGAGGAGGAAGAAGAAGAAGAAGAUGAUGAUGAUGAUGAAGAAAGCUUAGACUCUUCAGACUCCGAAGAGUCGUUUGACUCAUCUGAUGGUGAUGGUGCUUAUAACAGUGGUUGUGAUAUAGAUGAUGAGAUUGCAAAAGAUUACUUUGAAGGGAUUGGUGGGAGUUACAAAGUUGCAAAUGUUGAUCAACUAGUAGGACAAGCUCUUGACAGCUUCGAUGGGCGUUUUAAUGAAAUGCUAAAGGGGAUAGGCGGGAUUGGGCUUCAAGAUGCUUCAAGGGAAUAUGGCAUGAAGAAACCUUGUUCAAGGAAGAAAAGUCGAGCAAAGCCUAGCAAGUUUCAAGCUGCUACUGAUGAUUGCCCUGUUUUAGUUGAUCUUAUGCUUGAAAAGAAUCCGAGAUAUCUGCACGGAAAAAAGAAGCAUGCUGCAAAGCUUCCCCAAUCAUGGCCAUCCAAAGCUGAAAAGAGUAAAAAUUUCCGGAGAUUUUGUGGCGACAAGAAGAAAUUACGUCAAGAUAGGAUUGUUUCUAAGCGUAGGGAGCGAAUGAUACGUCGUGGUGUUGAUCUUGAGCAAAUAAAUUCUAAACUAGAGCAGAUGGUGCAGAAUGAGGGUGAUAUUAUGUCGUUUCAACUUAUGCACUCCCGGGAUUGUUCUCAGGUUCAAAGGCUAGCAGCAAUUUAUCGUCUGCGUAGUGUCACUCAAGGUUCAGGCCGAAAAAGGUUUGUAACAGUGACACGAACACAGCACACAGGUAUGCCUUCAUCGAGUGACAGACUUCGCUUGGAGAAGCUGUUGGGAGUUGAUGAUGAAGCCAAUGAUAUGACAGUGAAUAAGGUCGCUUCAAACAGAAGUAAGAAGGGCACAACCAGAGCUAAUGGUUUCAUGAGCCCACUGGAGUCAAAAUCUGCCAAAACCAUGACUCCUGGUGAAUCAAGCAAGAAGAAAAGGAGAGAUAAAGACAAAAUAGGCUCGUAUGCUGCACAGCCCGUGUCAUUCAUCUCGAGUGGUAACAUGGUGUCUGAGCGAGCUGAGACUAUCGCGGUUAUUGAGGAACCAAAAUCAACCGACCAGACCUUAAGCAGCAUCAAACCCGUGGUGAACUCGUCAAGUUAUGGUGCCUUUGAGAUGCACACAACAGGUUUUGGUUCAAGAAUGAUGGCAAAGAUGGGUUAUGUAGAUGGAGGUGGAUUGGGCAAAGACGGUAGAGGAAUAGCUGAGCCGAUUGAGGCAAUCCAACGGCCCAAAUCACUCGGGUUAGGAGCAAAGAUCCCGGAAACUAGCAACACAUCAGAGCCUAUGAAUGUGAAUACCCCACCUCAGAGACCAAACAGGGCUGUUGGCCAAGGUUCGAGGGGCAGUGAGAGUAGGGGUAAAUCUGGAAAUGUGCAGUUUGGGUGUUUUGAAAAGCAUACAAAAGGAUUUGGGUCUAAGAUGAUGGCCAAAAUGGGGUUCGUGGAAGGGAUGGGUCUUGGGCGAGACUCACAGGGCGUGGUGCAACCUCUGGUUGCAAGCAGACUCCCUAAAUCCAGAGGGUUGGGUGCUAAAGUUUAGUUGUGUCAUUCUGGUCUUUUAUUUCUAUCGAAUAAAUAGUAAACUAAUAUUCAUCUGUAGAAGGGAUGUUGAACCUGAAUUCGGAGUGCCCUUGUAAUUUCCUAUUAACCAUGUAUAAAGAAAAUCAAGUAGUUCCCUUUUCUUGUUUCUUUAAUUUUAAUAUUUGGUGUAGAUUUUUGAUGACAAA